CUCUUCCGCCUCCGUCCGCCCCCUUAAAGGGACCGCGGCCCCAAUUCCGGGUUGCCCGCCCGUCUCGCUGUGCCCGCCCCGGCGCUCUGAGCGCUGCAGGGACUGCGCCAGGAAAGGGUUAAGGGCUGCAGCGUCCGUGUAUUAACUGCGUACGUACCUGCCCGUAUAGGUUAUAGAGCUACGAGAACGUAAAUGUAUGUUUCAGUGCAUCAUACAAAAAUAAACAUGACAUAUAUGCACGUGCGUGCAUAUGUAAUUUAUACAUCCUCCAUGAUCUAAUUCUUACUUUUAACCGGGGAAAGCACCCCGAUUCGUUAAUGAUGUACACAGCACACCUGUGAGCAGCUCAUAACCACGCAGGCUCAUCAGGAAUCUCUGCGUUGCUGCCUUGCUGUGGAUGGGGGCAGUGCAGCUGCGGGCUCCUCGCUCAGGCAGGCGCUGGAGCCCACUUAAACGUGAAGAACAGUUUGAGGCAAGGCAGAAAUUCAGCCAAACACGUAGACAUUUCUCCCCACCCCCUCACCUCCUUCCCAUCUCACUACCUUUGCCCCCGCUGUCACGCUGUGGUCACUUUGAAGCAGCCAGACCUCUGGCACGAUGUUCAGCACCAGGGUGCUACUACACAAACUCCUGAUUCUUUUGCAGGUUACUCUGUCUGUUGUUGUUGGUAAAACCAUGAUGAUACUGUUCCCCGACACCAUGAAAAGAUACAUCCUAAAGCUGGGAGAAAAGAGCAGAAUGAAUCAGAACCCAAAGUUCAGCUACGAAAACUGGGGUCCGACUUUUUUCAGCUUCCAGUAUUUGCUCUUUGUGCUGAAAGUGAAGUGGAGGAGGCUGGAGGACGAAGCCUAUGAGGGACAGCCUGCUCCCAACACACCGGUGGUGGCUCUAAAUGGGGAGAUCCGGCAGCUCUCCAGUUUCAUGCGAGAUAACCGACCUUUAAUCCUCAAUUUUGGAAGCUGCACCUGACCUUCAUUUAUGUUAAAAUUUGAUGAGUUCAACAAACUUGUCAAAGAUUUCAGCUCUAUAGCAGAUUUCCUUAUCAUCUACAUCGAAGAAGCUCACGCAGUAGAUGGAUGGGCCUUCAAAAACAAUGUUGUUAUUAAAAAUCACAGAAGCCUUGAGGAUCGAAAAACUGCAGCACAAUUUCUUCAGCAGAAGAAUCCCUUAUGUCCAGUAGUUUUAGACACGAUGGAAAACCUGAGCUGUUCCAAAUAUGCAGCACUGCCAGAAAGACUGUAUAUACUUCAAGCAGGGAAUGUUAUCUACAAGGGAGGAGUGGGGCCUUGGAAUUACCACCCCCAGGAAAUACGCACCGUUCUGGAAAAAAUGAAAUAGAAAAAGAAGAGGACAUCAGAGUAAAGACUGUCUGGAUAUAAAAGCUCAAUGGAUAAGUUUUCAUAGACCUAAGAGUUAAAAAACCAAAAUCUCAAAAUACUAGAAACAACUAGAAAGAGACUAACAUACGUGCAUUUAAAGACCAUCCGUAAUGUGGUUCAUCAUUCACGUGUCUGGAGAUGUUCAGGUCUAUCACAGCCACCUCAGCUACUGUGCUUACAUCAGUCUUACUGUGCUGCACCAUGUGCAGUAAUGAAUACCAGCAGAGUCCACUGAGCUGUUAUGACUGGAUACCAACAUCUACAUUCCUACGGUGCAGGAUGAACCUUAAGGGUAGUGCCAUUUGCAAGAGCAAAUUUCAUGCAAAACAACUGAUUUCACAUUAUUAAGUUUCUCUCUCUCUUGUAUACAAACCAUUUUUCUAAACGUUCAGUUUCACUCACUUUAGAAGGCUUCUGAAUGAGACAAUCUCUUGACAUUUGUUUCUAUAAUAUUUGUUAUGACAGUCACAGCAUAAAGCACAGACAGCUGUGACCUGAUUUUAUAAAAUAUUUUUAGAAACAAAGGAUUGAUCUCAGUUAUUUAAACAAAUAAACAAACAAACCUUUCAGACUGCCAUGGUUCUCACUUGUUUUUUUCCUUCUGGCUAUUUACAAGCAUUAGUAGUUUCCAUUCAUCCUAUUAAACA